CAUAAACGUGUUUUAAGAGUUUCCCAGAAGUUUCCAAGAAAAGUCUUCAUCUUCUUGAUUAAUCAUCUUCCUCUCAGAUUUCGAUAUUGACCCGUCGGUGUAUAAUCAUCUCUCCUCUGUGUUCUCUCUCUCUGACCAGAUCUCCACCAAGCCGCCAUGGAUCUCCAGCCAGAAGAGCUCCAGUUCUUGACGAUUCCUCAACUCCUUCAAGAAUCCAUCUCAAUCAAGAAACGAUCUCCGAGAACCUUCUACCUCAUCACCUUAUCCCUCAUCUUCCCUCUCUCCUUCGCCAUCCUCGCUCACUCCCUCUUCACUCAGCCUCUUCUCGCCAAGCUCGACACCUCCGACCCGCCUAACUCCGAUCGUUCACGCCACGACUUGACCAAGCUCCUCAUCUUCCAGUUCAGCUACCUCAUCUUCCUCUUCGCCUUCUCUCUCCUCUCAACCGCUGCCGUCGUCUUCACCGUCGCCUCUCUCUACACCGGGAAGCCAGUCUCCUUCUCCUCCACCAUCUCAGCUAUCCCCAAAGUCUUUAAACGGCUCUUGAUCACUUUCCUUUGGGUUGCUCUCUUGAUGUUCGCUUACAACGCCGUCUUCUUUGUCUUCCUAGUGAUCCUAUUCGUAGCUCUUGAUAUGAACAGUGUAGGCUUAGCGGCUAUUGCCGUGCUGUUAAUCAUUCUUCUCUACUUCGGUGUUCAUGUCUAUUUCACUGCGUUGUGGCAUUUAGGUAGUGUGAUCUCUGUUCUUGAACCUGUUUAUGGACUUGCUGCCAUGAGAAAAGCUUAUGAGCUUCUCAAAGGGAAGGUUAAGAUGGCUAUGGGGUUGGUCUUUGUUUAUCUUUUCCUCUGUGCCUUGAUUGGAGUUACUUUUGGAAAGAUUGUGGUUCACGGUGGAGAGAAGUAUGGGACUUUGACUAGGACUCUUGUCGGUGGUUUACUUGUUUGUGUUCUUGUGGUUGUGAAUCUUGUGGGUUUGCUGGUUCAGAGUGUGUUUUAUUACGUGUGCAAGAGUUAUCAUCAUCAAGCGAUUGAUAAGACGGCUUUGUAUGAUCAUCUUGGUGGCUAUCUUGGUGAUUAUGUGCCUCUUAAGAGCAACAUUCAGUUGGAGAAUUUAGACAUUUGAGUUCGGGGCUUGACCAGAACGAAGGAGGUCAAGAUAUGAUGGUACUGUUGCUUCCCUAUCUCUCUAUAUAUAUAUUGAGCUAUAUGUAAGAUUGGAGAGGAAGUGGAAAUGUGGAAUCUGAAUGAAGUAUUAGUAAUGUAAUGUUUAUGUAUAGACUCAGCACUCUUUGUUAGUGUUUUGAUCUGGUUAAUCCAUGAUUUUAAGGAUAUUUGAGUUUGAUUAUUCUGAAUUUCUGAUCAUUAUAGUGAAAGUUAACUCUUUUUUUCUUUGUGGGAGAUUUUACGUGGAUGUAAUAAACUUGGGGGAAAAUCCUGGUUCGUAGAUACUUAAAAUGACCAAGACUAGUUUUGGUGGGCUAGCUAGCUUUCAUGAGUAGGAUUUGACCUUUGCAAACUACGCUAAGUUUAGGCGUUGCUAAGCUUGAAUUUCACAAAACACAACCCAUUUAAAGAACCAAGAAUCAUCCUACAAGCAAGCAAACAAACAAACGACGCAAAGCUCUAACCCGAGCGAAACCCAAAUCUUUCAGUCCAGGACCACUAGGGACCCUGCUAACCGUGAGAAAACCAGUCCUGCCAACAAAAGUCGGAGGAAGCCAAAUUGAAACGAAAUUCUGAUGCACCAACUAGGAGAAAAUGGCUUAUUACGAAUUUCACUUUUCGUGUCGCACUUCUUCAAUUAUAUACGUGUCUAUUUCGUCGUGAGUUACAAGUAAAUUCAAA